AUGUUACAGGAUGUCAGCGAUCUCCCCGACAUCGAUAAGAGCAUCGAAAAGCGGAAAACUGCGAAGACCAGCAGUGCCAGCAGUGCCAGCAUCGCAUCUUUCGGCUCAUCUAUAGGCCGAAGAUUCAGCUUCAAAUCGUUCUCUAGUCGCAAACCAACGACCAAAGUCGAGAAGCCACGGAACGAAUUUGGCCUAAAUACUGUAUACGAACCGGACGAAACUUCGGCAGUCAUCGCAGACCUUGUUUUUGUGCAUGGUCUCGGCGGUGGUUCCAGCACAACAUGGUGUCUCAAGCAAGACGCCGAUUACUUUUGGCCAAAAGAGUGGUUACCUAAAGACCCAGACUUCAAAGGAGUCCGUAUCCACAGCUUUGGAUACAACGCGAAUUGGGCCACCUGGCUGAAGAGUCCGGUCGACAUCCAUGCUUUCGGUCAGUCUUUAGUCGAAGACCUGAGGAGCGAUCCAAAGAUCAAUAAUCUGGAUAGUCGCAUUAUCCUUGUAGGGCAUAGCAUGGGUGGUUUAGUGAUCAAGAAAGCAUGCGUCUUAUCUAAGACUAAUCCGGAUUACAGCGACAUCGCUAACCGAUUACAUUCGUUGUAUUUCCUGGGUACUCCCCACCGAGGCUCGAAUCUCGCUGGUUACGCUGAAGAACGCAUCCAGUUGUUAAAUGCGAACCAUCGCGAUCUAGCCAAGUUCGAGACUACACUGGACUCAAACUACAGGUCUCUAAGAAACCGUCUGGCAUCAACAAUCGAUCAGAUAAGGCUCGAAAUGCAGAAGCAAACAACACCAUCGAAUUUCUCAAGUAUGGGGAUUGGUAUCAAAACUCCCGAUGCGUCGGUACUGCGAUCUUUACCAGAGCUGUAUCAAAGUAGGGCGAACGAGAUGGAGGAGAUCGCUAAUUUUCGGGAGUGGCGGUCGCCACCAGCACCUCGCUAUUUCUGGCUGAAGGGGACACCGGCGUCGGGGAAGUCAAUGCUCGCAAGUUAUGUUAUUGAGUUCUUACAAGACAGCCCCGUAUGUCACUACUUCUUCAACAAAGGUGAUAAGACCGACAACAACGUGAGCAGCUUUCUACGCUCCAUGGCGCUACAGAUGGCUCAGAUCAACCCUGUCGUUCGUAGCGCGAUUUUCCGGCUUUCACAGAAAGGUCCACCCAUCGAUGCUCGCAACCAGAGAACCAUCUGGAACACUGUUUUCACGAGCUGUGUGUUUCACGUUACAUUCCCUACCCCUCAUUAUUGGGUGGUUGAUGCAUUAGACGAAGCAGCCGACAGGGGCACAUUAAAUGAAUGUUUCAGUCUACUGUCCAAGAUCGACGAAAACAUCCCACUGAAGAUCUUCGUCACCAGUCGACCAGAUCCCGCAUUGGAUGAUUUGUUCGUGCAGCUUCCUCUGGUGCAAGAAUACAUAUCGCCAGAGGAUUUGUUGCCCGAUAUCUCCUCAAUUUCCGAUGGCUCACCGCUACACCAGGUCCCCUGGAUUGACGCUUUCUCUGAAGACACAGACUCAGGCUUUGCACCAUCUCCGUCUGCGGCCAGGCUAUCUACAGAACAACAAACACUUGCGAUAGUCUAUCGAAGCAAGCCGGUACAGCUGUGGUCUCUGGACAAGCAGCACCGUAUCGGGGCUUGCUUGAGACCGGCAACGCACAGGAAUGACAAGGGAGGCCACACCGUCAACUGUGUAGUCUUCAAUACCAGCUCUGCAAACCCACGACUUCUGGUGUCAUAUUGGGACGACAUCCUGGUCAAGUUCGAUAGUAGGACUUGCAAGCCGCUCCUCACAACUGCGACAUGCGUUACGAAGAUAGCUAUGUCUUGUAAUGAAAAGACCUUUGCUGGAAGCGACGGCAAUGGCGGGAUCAAGAUUUUCGAUUUCGAGACGCUCCAACCUCUUCACAACAUACAUAUACAAGGAGAUCCGGUAUCGUCGCUCGCCUUCACUAGCGACAGCCUGCGCAUCGUGGAUUCGCGGGGUACGCAAGCCAAUGUCUGGGAGCCACUCGUCCUCUUCGGGCAAGACACUGAAGCUCUCUCCAGCGAGCCUAGCGAAUCUGUGCACCAAAUAGUAGACGACAUUGUUGAAUCUGUUGUCAACGAGUCUGCUAUCAUAACCACCCUGCACUGUUGCGAUCAAAGUGGUAUGGCUUUCUGCGGGCGCAACGACGGACGUGUCGAUACCUGCAACCUCGACGACCCCGAGAACACUAUGCGCAACCUAUACAAGCAUGGUGGGUCCUUCAUUAGUAUUACAUGCAUGGACUGGAGUCCUAGAGCGCGUGUGAUAGCGAGUGCAGACUCUGCAGGAAAGUUUUGUAUCAUGAAAAUCACGACUGGCACACGGAGAGAAUGGAGCGCUGAGAUGAUGGUCCAGUCGAGGUUAGGCCAAGGCUGUAUUAUACGACAGAUCCUCGUCCACCCUGAGGGUUCGUUCGUACUUGUUUCCUCAUCAGAGGCGGACUCUAUAUGGUCAUUAUCAACCAAGGAGCAAGUAGCGUCACUUGACAGGCGCGAGCGCAUAUCUUGGAAAUGGUUUGUUCGGCCAUCCGCUCCGUCACAACUGCUUCUUUUUGAGGACAAGAUCCUGCGGCUUUUCAGAUGGGAGGACCUCCACCAGAUCGCUGCCUCUGAAAACCCCGUGGUGCCGAUCGAAAUGGAGAGGCGCAUGUCCGGGGAACAAGCAGACGCGGAUGCCAUCUCUGUCUCAAGCGAAGGCGAUGACCUGGUCAUUCUGCAGCGAUCGCAAACCGUGCAGCAGAGUGUACCGGGCCUGCGACCCCAGUCUAAUGACGUUAUGAUGACCAAGAUACGCGUCUUUGAUCUGACUACUCUGGAUCCCGAGUCGACUGAUAUCGGAGGCUCGUCGUCGCCUGACAUGUCAAUUGACAGCGCGGCACAGUCUCUUGUCUUCUUGAACCCCAAGCCAUCUUCAACCCUGGGUAUUCCUCUAUCGCCAACGGCUACGCCCAAUGUCCCAUUCACUUAUCCUUUCGGAGGCGUUCGUAGCAAGUCCUAUACUCGCUGGUCUUCCAUUAGAGAUGUCGCUGAUAUACCCGAUGUGGAGAGAAUCAUUGGUACGGUGAAAAAGUUCGAUUGGUGGCAUCUUAUUUUCCUUUCCAAGAUGGGGUGGGUCUGCUCGGUUCAGAUCGGGGAAGGCGGUCGCAAAGUCCUCGACCAAUUCCAGAAGCACUUCUUUGUACCAUCGGUUUGGCGCACAGGCAACUCGCCUCUUAUCGCCAAGGUACGGCGGAGCCACGACAUCGUGAUCGUACACCAAGAUGGCGUUAUUGUGGUCAAGAAUGGGUUAGACAACGGAGAGCAUGUGUCCUUCUCUUUGAGUACGCUAUAA